AAACGGUCCAGCCUGGCAAACAUCCGUUCCCGCCAUAGUCCAGCUGUAUUAUCCACGUGGACGAUCGAUGCUGACAUCCCUACUCCCCUCUCCCCCUAUAAAAUCGUACCGUGCACUCAAUUCUUCAAAUAGUCUCUAAUCAAUUCCACUUUUACUCUUCCAUCUCCGUCCUCCAUAAUGUCUCUAAAUUACGGUAUUGCCAUUCUCGCCCUCUUCCUCCUUUCCCUCGCCGGAAUGCGGACGUCAUCGGCGGUUCUGGUUGAGGAGCAGCCGCUCGUCCUCAUGUACCACAACGGAACCCUCCUAAAGGGAACUAUCACCGUUAAUUUAAUCUGGUACGGGGAAUUCUCUCCGGCGCAGCGGUCGAUUGUCGCCGAUUUCCUCCUGUCCCUCAAUUCGUGGAAAUCUAAGUCCCCUUCCGCCGCGUCCUGGUGGAAGACCACCGAGAAUUACAGCGGCGUUGGCGGAUCCUCCACGGUUGUCGUCGGGAAACAGAUCUUGGACGAGAAGUGCUCGCUCGGGAAGUCCCUGAAGAAUUACCAGCUUUCCUACCUCGCCUCCAGGGGCGGGAAUUCGGCCGGAGCUGUUAACCUGGUUCUGACGGCGAAGGACGUUACCGUCGACGGUUUCUGUUCGAGCCGGUGCGGGACUCACGGGUCGACUCGGGGGAAAUCUCGGGUCGCUUACGCGUGGGUGGGCAACUCGGAGACUCAGUGCCCGGGUCAAUGCGCCUGGCCGUUCCACCAGCCGAUUUACGGCCCGCAAACGCCAGCGCUUAUCCCGCCUAACGGAGACGUCGGAGUGGACGGGAUGAUCAUCACCGUCGCCACCGUUUUGGCCGGGGCCGUUACGAAUCCGUUCAAUAACGGGUAUUUCCAGGGGCCGGCCACGGCGCCGCUGGAGGCGGUCUCCGCCUGCACGGGCAUAUUCGGGGCGGGCUCGUACCCGGGUUACCCGGGGGAGGUGCUCGUCGAUAAAGUCACCGGCGCGAGCUUCAACGCGCACGGAGUGAACGGGCGAAAGUUCCUGGUUCCGGCGAUGUGGGACCCCCUGAUAUCCGCCUGCAAGCCGCUCGUGUGACGUCGUUUUGACGGGAGUGUGGAAUCUCCUGUGGGCGGGCGUACGUUGGUUUCCACGUUGGUUGGAUGUGAACCGGGGGGUUUUGGCAGGGCUUUUGGUUUAUUAUUACUCCGUAUUAUUACAAUUAAAAUACUUGUAUUUUACAAUGCGUAUAUUUUAUUUAUGUAAAUGUUUUUUUUUAUUUUAAAAAAAACAAAGAACGAAUUAUUUAAAAUCGAUCCAGUCUUCCACGGAACAAUUCAAAGGGUUCUUGGUCAACGCACAUCUAUACAAUUAACUCAUUUUCGAAUAUCCGAAUUAUAAUUGUAAUUUCAAUCCAAACUAAUCCGGGUAUUAUGCAUACAUUUUGUAUUUGGCCUAAAUUAAAGUAACACUUGACUCUAUUUGCAAUCUACACAAUCAACUUCAACAUAAUCUUAAUCCUGUUGUGUUUGUGGAGGCUUGGGCUUGAUUUG